AUGAAUAAAAUAAUCUUUUUGAUCUCUGUUCUAUUUAUUUUAAACAGCCACUAAACAACAAUAUAAAUAGCAUCAUAUUUUACAGAAGCUACAUUUUCAACAACUCAAGGUAUGUUUAUAAAUGUAUAAAAUAGGAUGGGGAAUAAUUGGAUCACCUGCAAUUUUUGAUACAUAAAUGAGUAAAUCAGUUUUGGGUGGAAAUAAUGGGUUUGGAGUAGGAGUGGCAAUUUAUAAAUUAGUAGAAAUUCCAUAAGCACAUCAUACACUUAGAAUGAAGCUAAGAACUUGGGCGUAAAAAUAAGAAUUUAAAAGAAUAUAGGAUAAAUAAAUGGGAGAGCGAAUACAUAAUAAUAAAGGCUGAUGGUGUAGUAGUAAAUAAAUAGUUGGUUAAUUCAGGUUUGGCUAGCAAUUUUGCUUAAUAUCUAUUUUAAGAGAUCUUUUUUUUUCACUCUUCUCCAUCUGUAUUAAUAGAAAUAACAUCUAGUUUGGAUGAAUCAAAUAAUAAUGUAAGUAACAAGUUUUAAUUUUAAGGAAUCAUGGGGAGUAAGAGAUAUUGAAAUUAUAGCCGUAACUUGUCCUACUGGAUGUGAUUUAUGUAAUUAUUCAGAUACUACAGAUACAUGUCCUAAAUAUUAAAAAUAAUUGGUUAAUUUUGGAACUAGUACAUUUACAACAAAUUAAGGAUGGUUAAUUUCUGGUUCUGAAGUAAAAUAAAUGUUUUGUGACAGUAUUUAAUCUAAUUAAUAAUUAAGAAAUUUUGAUGUUUGGUUAUUAUCCAACAGGAGUAUCAAUAUCUAAGAAAUUUUAUUUACCAUUAUCAUUUUAUAAGAUGAAAGUCAAAUUUUAAUUUUGGAAAAUUGAUUCAGUGAGUAGUUCUAUUUCCCAUGCUUUAUAUGCAAAUGGAGACAAUGUAUGGAAUUUUGAUAAAACAAAAACAAAGUAGAUUAAAAUAUGUUCACUUGUAGCAAAUGAAGAAUAUGUAAAUGUAGAAAUUGAAUUUAAUACUAAUUCUCAAUUAAUUACAUUUUAAUUUUUUUCAGAUGCUGCAGUGGGUGAAUUUUAUGGAAUAAGAGAUUUUUAUAUUUAUGUUUUGCUUUGUGAUGAUUAGACAUCUUUAUGUUAAAAUACACCAAUUGAAGUUGUACCAAAUAAAGAUUUAAUUGAUUUUUAAGAAGUAGUAGCAGCACUAGUAACAUCUUUUUAUAACAGUCUACCUUCUUAAUGGUCCUCAUAUUAAUCAUUUUCUGCAACACCAAGAAUAUCUACUCCAGCUUGUACAGAUGCAACAGCACCAAUUUCAUAUAUGGCUUUAUAUGAUACCUUAUAUAAAGAUUUCACUUUAACUUAACAUAAGACUCUGAAAAUGAUUUUUUAUUUGUACUCCUAAUCAAAAUUGAAUGAUGUCCGUUUAAACGUAGACAAUAAUUUAGUGGAUUCAAUUUAAAUUGGAUAUGGAACAAAUGAUGUUAAUUGUGCUGGAUCUGCUUAAGGUGAUAAAUAUGAAGAAUAUACUCUUUAUGCUGUUGAAGUGGAACACACUUCCUUAAUGACUCGUAUUAUAUUUGAAGGAAUUACUUAUUCAGGUGGACAUUUAUUAUAGGGCUUCAAUAAAUUUGAAAUAUAUACUGGUAAUUGUGAUUGUGAUAUCUGCACUGAUUCAGGGGCUUGUGCAACUGUUUAUUCUUUAGUGGAUAUUGAUUUUGCUUAAGAUACACUUACAGAUAAUGAGAAAUGGCAACUUAUCACUUAUAGUAUAUAAGCUACAUUUUGUAAUAAUAUUGAAGUUCUAGGUGGUUAUAAUAUUAUUAGUAAAGAUUAAUAGGUUAGAGCUUUAUAUGGAUCAUUACCAUCGCAUAAUUCUAUGAGAAUUUAAAUGAAUAUUUAUUUUAUAAAUGAUUGGGCUAGUACUGAAUCUCUCGUCAUUAAUCUUGAUAAUGUAGAAAUUUGGAGAUAAAGUGUUCUUAAAGCUAAUUAUGCAUCAUAACUUUGCUCUGUUGGUGGUGCUUCCUAUUAAGUAGUGGAAGUAGAUUUAUUUGUCACUCAUUCCUCAAGUGAGUUUACUUUAAUAUUCAAUAUUGAAUCAGGAGAUGGAAAUGGUAAUUAUUCAUUAUUUAUUUAAUAGAAUUUUGGGGAGUUAGAGAUUUUCAUAUCUCUACUGCAAAUUAAAUCAUUAGUUGA